GGAGGUGCUUCAUUUUACCCUCGCUAGUGAGAUGCAUGCUGGGUACAGGACGCAGGCGGGAGACCUGCCUCCUAACACUAUCCUACAUUCUGUCUAGAGCAGUUGAGGAGGAAACGAGUAGUAUGUAGAGUGCCUCUCAAAGUGUCAGGCGCUUGGAUGGUGCUCAGAACGUGUCAAGUCAAGGGGCCCAGACGCCAUCCGGGCCAAGAUCCCACGCCGGCUCCCUCAGCGUCCGGAGACGCCCCCUGCCGGCCGCCCUGUGUCCGGCGAGUGUGGAGCAUGCGCACAUGGCCCGACCAGGUCGCCUCCCGUCUGGAUUGGCCCCGGCUACUCGCCGUCCACGCUCCCUCCGUGCGUUACUAUAGAGACCCGUGAGCGCUGAGGGGCGAGCGGCGGAGACUCCGGGCUUCUCGGGACCAAAGAGACAUGUCUUUCCGCGACCUCCGCAAUUUUACAGAGAUGAUGAGAGCCUUGGGAUACCCUCGACAUAUUUCUAUGGAAAAUUUCCGCACACCAAAUUUUGACCUUGUAUCUGAAGUGCUUCUCUGGCUUGUGAAAAGGUACGAACCUCAGACCGACAUCCCUUCUGAUGUUGACACUGAACAAGACCGUGUUUUCUUCAUUAAGGCCGUUGCCCAGUUCAUGGCCACCAAGGCACAUAUAAAACUCAACACUAAGAAGCUCUAUCAAGCAGACGGGUACGCGGUGAAAGAGCUCCUGAAGAUCGCCUCCGUGCUGUACAGCGCCAUGACGACCAAGGGCCUGGAGGGCUCCAGCCUGGGCCAGGGCGAUGUCAGCAAAUUCAAGUUUGACCUGGGCUCCAAGAUUGCAGAUUUGAAAGCUGCCAGGCAGCUUGCUUCUGAAAUCACUUCCAAAGGAGCGUCUCUGUACGACUUGCUGGGCAAGGAGGUGGAGCUGAGGGAACUGAGAACAGAAGCAAUUGCCAGACCUCUGGAAAUAAAUGAGAUUGAGAAAGUGAUGAGAAUUGCAAUAAAAGAUAUUUUGGCGCAGGUCCAGAAGACAAAAGACCUGCUCAAUAACGUGGCCUCUGACGAAGCUAACUUAGAAGCCAAAAUUGAGAAGAGGAAAUUAGAGCUGGAAAGAAAUCGGAAGCGACUCCAGACCCUGCAGAGUGUCAGGCCAGCCUUUAUGGAUGAAUAUGAAAAGAUCGAGGAAGAACUGCAAAAGCAGUAUGCCAUUUAUCUCGAGAAGUUCCGCAAUCUGGCUUGUCUGGAGCAGCAACUGGAGGAUCAUCACAGGAUGGAGCAAGAGAGGUUUGAGGAAGCUGAGAACACCCUGCGUCUGAUGCAGAACAAGCUGAAGGAGGAAGAGAAGCGCCUGCUCAAGAGCGGAAGUCAUGACGACUCGGACAUGGACAUCCAGGAGGACAACGAGUCCGACAGUGAACUGGAAGCGAGACGGCUGUCCAAGCCGUGGACGGCCGUGGAGGUGCUCAUGCAAGGACGAGCCAGUAAGCGCAUCGUGGGCACCAUGCAAGGCGCAGACUCGGACGACGACAUGGAAGCAGCACCAGCUCUCUUAGGUAAAUGCAAGACUUCCAGCUCCAGGAAGCAGGAAGACUCAGAGGACAGUGAGAUUGACCUGGAGGAUGAGGAGGACGACGACGACGAUUUGGAGGACGAGAGCAUCGCUGUCUCACCUGCCAAGCCCAGUCGCAGAGGCCGGAAACCUGAGCCCCUGGAUGAGAGUGACAAUGAUUUCUGACCUCCUGGCCAAGAGACACAGGCAGACUAGAACCCUCAGAUUUGUAGGUAAAGGGCGGUCGGAGGGGCCAGCAGGAAACAUGCACGGUGUUGGAGAAGCCAGCUGGACUCCCUGUUGAGGAAGCACAACCUGCUUCUGCCCUAGCCUCCUGUGCUUUACUCCCCAGGGCUUAAGCUAGAACCAGAGCAAACCCCAAAGAUUGUUUUGCCUUAUUUAUCUCCUAAAACUUGGGAAAUGCAUGCAUUCUUAGUGAUUCACAUCCACAGGACAAAAACGUGAGAAAGAACAGCCAACACUCAGUAAGUAUUGGCUGUUGUUUCUGUCACUCAUUUCUGCUGAGUCGGCGGGACUCAGAGCCCCGACCUGUGGCAGGAACUGGACACAGGACUCGUUUUGGGAAUUGGAGGGAGUGUCUGACUCUUAAUCACGAACACAGUUUAGAACGUUUCCGUUAUAUCAGCUUUUACUCCUAGUCCUUAUUUCACACCGUACUCUUGCUUUUUCCUUCUGCAUGCUCACAAUACCAAGCUUUUAAAUGUAUUUUACUAACACUUUCUGAGAGUUGGCUGGCUUUGAUGAAAACCAACUUUCCCUGAAAAGUGGGCAGCAGAGAGAUGCUCCAGGUUAUGCAUCCUCUGUUUCCUCUUGGAGGCUGGCAGUCUGCCUUAGAAAAGAGCAAAUUAAGGAAAAAGUGUAUGUAUGGAUUUGUGUUUCUGACUCAAAAAAGUGAACCAGAAUUGAAUUCAAUAGAAUAGGACCAGGAGAAUUUCCCUUUUGUAAAAUGAGACGCAUCAGAGAGUGGGCUUGGGUUUUGUUGUUCUGUUAAUAUGGAAAGCACAGAGUUUUCAUUUAUUUUUCAGUUACAAAGUCAAAAGACUUGUGAAGUUCUUUAUCUCUUAAUAAAUGUAUUGAAUAUACCGUAUUUUUAUAUCAUUUUUAUUUGAAAGUUAAUUGUUUUAUUUAUUUGCCCCUGUAACAUAAAUACUUAUUCAGGAGAAGUUCACAGGUUAUUAGAGUGCAUGUAAAUUUUGGGGCAUUAUGUGACAGUGAGGUACCUUUGCUUUUUUCUCCGUCUUUCCCUAAAUCUUACAUUUGAGAUGACCCCCUUUUAAAAACACUCAGCAUCCAGUUGAUGCACCAAUUAUCUGAGAUGUGCCGUCUUUGAAGCCUUACUUGCCAAGGAAGUAGGUGUUUGGGUCCACGUCAGCCCUCAGGUGCCAUGGCUUUUAAGCCACAAGAGUCCUUGCAUCUUCUUGGAUGUUAUAGCUUUGCUUUACCUGAGUCUGACCUGUCUUGGAUUUUGAAAAACAAGGAAUGUAUUUCUGUUUCCCUCGUGUGAUGCUCUCUCCUGAUGGGCGUUGACCGGGGAGCCCAGCCCAAGCCACAGGUCACACGUCCACAGGAAGAGUGGGCAGCCAUUGUUUCACCUGUUCCUUGUCCUUCAUCCCUUGCUUAACUGGCUUUGCGCCAAGUCUCCCAUGGGCUUCUGCAUCUUCACUUGAGCAGAGUCUGUCAACAUAGGAGCUUCAGGUAUGGAUUGUAGUUAUUAAUGUAUUUCUGUCGCUGGAACGGAUCUAGGAGUCGGAUGUGUGCAGGUGCCUUAUAACUCGCUGUCAUUCGGUUUGGGUCAAGCAGCAGAGCAGACUGAGGCCCCAAAGGCGACUGAUUAGGUCAGUGGAAAACAAGCAUUUAGAUCAUUGCUGACAGGUUGUUUUACUCUGUAAUUUAAAGGGCCUCUUAAAAUGCUUUACAAUGUGUGUAUUGGCCUCCCCAGAAUUAAGUGCCUCGUAAUAAUAAACCUGAUCAAAGAGA